AUGAACAACGAUGCCGAUAAGAAAUUUUAUGCCUCAUACGGGUUUGAGGAGAGUGGUGAGGCCUUGGAGGUGGUUAGAAAGUCCGCGGAGGAAGGUGAAGAGGGUGUGAAGGGCCAGUUUGUGAGCAUGGCUGCGAGGGAGGGUGUAAUCAGAGCGCUGGUAAACGAGAGGAGAGCGGGACUGAUGGAUGGCGUGGGAAAAUGGACCAGGUGGCGCAAGGGAUGCGAGCAUCUAAGAACACUACGGGCUGAGGAGUUGGCGGCGAGGAAAAGGGGAAAGCGAGAAAACAAGCCAGAGGAGGUCUUGGAGGAGAUAAGCCAGGAGCAGGAGAGCCUGGAGGAGGCCUUGAAGAAGCUAGAUAAGUUAAAGGGGGAGAUGCUGAAGCUGGAGUUCUUGAAGGAGACCUCAGAGGAGGUGAUCUCAAGACGGAAGUUCAAGGAGCAGAGGCUGAAAGAGAAGUUGAAGGAGUAUACCACCAGGAAAGAGAUAUCGGAGAAGAAGAUCCUUAAGUUGGAGAUCCUCAUGGAGUCUUUCUCUCUCUUGAAAGAUAUUCCGCGGAAUAAGCUGCAGGCGGAUAAUGCUCGGAUGUCUUUCUCUCUCAUGGAAGGUAUCCCGCAAAAUGAGCAACCGGGAAAGAUGGAAACAAGGUCUCUCUUUCGAGAUAUCUCUUGCCGAACUUCGCCAAGCAUCUCGUUCCCUUCUUUCGAGUUGGACUGUACCACGAGAUGGACUGCAGAGAGGGGCAACAUUGCAGAGACGGACGACAUUGUCGAAACGAUCGAAAACCAAGAGUCUCACGAGGACGACCGAGAAACAAGGUGA